AUGAGGUUCGACCCGAACACAAGGAAGUCAGACACCUUUUGUGAGUUCCACCAAGACCGAGGACACAAGCCAGAGGAUUGCCACGCUCUAAGGUUAGAAGUAGCGACUUUUUUGCGUCAAAGACACCUCAAAGAGUUGCUCAGCGAUAGAGGCAGGAACACCUUAGCAAAGAGGCGAGAACGCCCAGACCCGCCAAAGCCACCGUCUUUCCCUCGUACCUUCAACAUGAUUAUUGGAGGUACUGAUGAUACCUCCAUCAAUGACAUCAAGUUCACCACAACUCAGAAACUCAAAAGAUCGAUCACGCACGAACGGUAUGAUGGCCACGAAGAAAGUAUCAUCUUCGAUGAAUCGGAUACCGAAAAUUUGACUUUCCUUCACAAUGAUGCACUUGAUAUUACUUUAUGCAUUCUUGAUACUGAUGUUAGGAUGAUUAUGGUUGACGACGGAAGAGUAGCAUGCAUCAUCCAUCCUCGAGUCCUCGUACAGAUGCGACUCGAGGACAAGAUAGUGAUGCACUGCAUCACGCUAACCGGUUUUAACAAUGCAGUUGAGCAAACUUCGGGCGAGAUCACACUCCCCGUCUGGGCUAGUGGGAAAUCUGGAGACUAUGUUCCACAUCAUGGACCAGGACACCACGUACAAUGCCAUUGUAGGUCAGUUAUUGAUACACCAUAUGAGGGAAAUCCCUUCUAG